ACGGCGGAGUCGCCAUGGCGGUAGUGAGCAGCCUGGCUUCGGCGCUGGAGUCCUACAGGGGUCGGGACCGCCUGAUCCGAACAUUGGGGUACUGCUGCCAGCUGGUUGGUGGGGUCCUGCUCCAACAAGGUCCUGCCGGGUCGGAGGUGGGGACGCGCCUGCUGGCGGUGUCCGCCCAGCUGAGCCAUUGCAGGACUGUUCUGCGACUCUUCGAUGACCUGGCCAUGUUUCUGUACACAAAGCACUAUGGCCUGGGCACAGAGGAGGAGGACGCCCUGGUGCGCUGCGUGUCGGUGCUGGGCAACAUGGCCGACCAGCUCUACUACCCCUGCGAGCACGUCGCCUGGGCUGCCGACGCCAAGGUCCUGCACGUGGACUCUGCCCGGUGGUGGACACUGAGCACGGCUCUCUGGGCCCUCUCCUUGCUCCUGGGGGUGGCCAGGUCCCUGUGGAUGGUGCUGACGCUGAGGCGGAGGCUGCAGGGCCCCACGGCUGCCUUCACCAGCCGGCUGCCCCGGAGCAAGCGGAGGGCCCUGGCAGUGCGGAUGCGGUCGGAGNNNNUGACGCUGCUUGGCAACCUGGCCGACCUGGCCAACGCCGUGCACUGGCUGCCCCCAGGUGUGCUGUGGGCCGGCCGGUUCCCCCCGUGGCUGGUCGGCCUCAUGGGCACCAUCUCCUCCCUGCUCAGCCUCUACCAGGCAGCCCGGGCUGACGGCCAGGCUGAGGCCGACAGCCCCUGACUCUGGCUGGGGAGCAGGAGGACACAGGCGGGCCGACUGAGGGUCCCUUCCCGCCAACCCCGUGGAGCAGGCCAGGGGCUGGUGUUUCCUGGAGCAACCUCGAGGCUGGAGGGGAGAGGGGCUGGUGUGAGCAGGCCAGGCCCUGCCCUGCUGCCUUGGUGGGGAGUGCGAACCGGCUCCCUCCCUGCUCCCCCAGGCUGGCAGGGAGCUGGGGACCAGGGGACACAUCCGCCUCCGCUGGGCCUGGAGGGAGCGGAGACAAUCCAUUAAAAAUCUGGUGCUGGUGCUGGUGCUGGUGCUGGCGCUGCCUGCCUGUCAUUCACCCAGGCCCCUGCACCCCGAUGUGCUGUCAGGACCCCCAGGGGCCGCCUCCCCGACCCCAGCAGCUUCCCGGUCUUCUCCCCCUGGGCACUGGGCCCGUGCUGGCCUCACAUACUUGCCCCCUGCAGCAGCAAGUGCCUUGGGGUCAGGACUGCCAUGCCGCCCAGCGCCACCGAGCAUUUCGUGGUCCCCAGGCUGGUCUGGGCCACACACACCCUCGUUGGUCUGAAGACUCACGUGGCUCCCAUCGCAGCACAGUAGGCUGGGACACGCUGGCCUAG